AUAUUUUAUACAAUGAUGUGUAUGUUCUUUGCAUUUUUAAGUGGAAACAGCAGUUUAGCAACCCCUUUAGACAGGCGAAGUGGAACUAUCCAUGAAGACGUGACAACCGAAGUUCUUGGAAAGAUCGGCGCUUGGCAAUGGACAGUCACUAUACUCUCUACGAUUUUAGCUGCACCAACAGUACUAAAUCAAUAUGAAGACGCUUUCCUCCUGCAACCACCAAAUGGCGUAGUAUGUGUGACUCAGUACAAUGCUACUCUGUGUUCAUAUAGUGUAAAUGGAACGGAAUUUAUGUGUGACUCUUGGAAAGUGAGAUUCAUGUGGCUCGUGUGGAUUAAGAAAACGUGGCUUAUAUUCUGUGAUAAAGAUACUACGACACUCCUAAUUGUGACGGUAAUUUGUCGUUUUGGUUUAUGCCUGGGAAGCAUUAUAUUUGGACUUAUUUCGGAUGGUUUUGGGAGACGAAUGGUGAUCUUGAUUAAUAUAAUAGCUGAAUUAAUAUUCCGACUUGCGUUGACCUUUUGUGAUUCUGAGAGCUGGUAUCUUCUAUUUAUAUUUCUCAAGUCAUUGUCAACUAGUGGUAUUUACUACCUGGGAUUAGUUAUAGUCUGUGAAAUUGCAAGCAACAAAUGGCGUACUAUUCUAGGAUUUAUGGUUUCUUUCCCUCGCUAUUUAAACUUCACCUGUAUGCUAGCAAUUGCGAAUUAUGCUCCUAAUCUUGAAACCUAUAACUUUAUAGCAUUCUUAGUGGGUCUAAUACCGCUCAUUCUUAUCAGAUGGAUUCCCGAAUCCCCACAGUGGUUACUAUACAAUAGAAGAAUAUCAUCAGCAGAAAAUAUACUAAUUAGUGCUGCAAAGAAAAACCGCGUAAAAUUAUGUAAUGACUUCAAAAUAAGACCUGUUGACCACAGAGUAGGCGUACAAAUGUUUGGAUGAGGAAUGGAAUUGUUUCACUUUAUUAUGUACUCACAAUGUUAG